GAUUGGGCAGGCCCUAAGCCCAUGGACCGGGCAGGCCCUAAGCCCAUGGACUGGGCAGGCCUUAAGCCCAUUGACCGGGCAGGUCCUAAGCCUAUGGAUUGGGCAGGCCCUAAGCACAUGGAUGGGGCAGGCCCUAAGCCCAUGGAUUGGGCAGGCCCUAAGCCCAUGGACCGGGCAGGCCCUAAGCCCAUGGAUUGGGCAGGCCCUAAGCCCAUGGACCUGGCAGGCUCUAAGCCCAUGAAUGGGGCAGGCUCUAAGCCCAUGGAUGGGGCAGGCUCUAAGCCCAUGGAUGGGGCAGGCCCUAAGCCCAUGAACGGGGCAGGCUCUAAGCCCAUGAACAGAAAAGGCUCUAAGCCCAUGAACAGGACAGGCUCUAAGCCCAUGGACAGGGCAGGCCCUAAGCCCAUGGACGGGGCAGGCCCUAAGCCCAUGGACGGGGCAGGCUCUAAGCCCAUGGACCGGGCAGGCUCUAAGCCCAUGGACGGGACAGGCUCUAAGCCCAUGGACGGGGCAGGCUCUAAGCCCAUGGACCGGGCAGGCCCUAAGCCCAUGGACGGGGCAGGCUCUAAGCCCAUGGACCGGGAACACUCUAAGCCCAUGGACCAGGCAGGCUCUAAACCCAUGGACGGGGCAGGCUCUAAGCCCAUGGAUGGGACAGGCUCUAAUCCCGUGGACACAUCCUGUGUUGUGUCUCUGGAGACAUCUGCACCCCCCACCCUCACCAGCACCUUCCCCACCCCACCAGCCAAGGAGCAGGUGCCAGCGGUCCCGAGGAAACGCAGCAGAGUAGAUGCAGCGGCUCCGCAGCCCCUGGAGUUCCUGAGGACCCCAUUCGGAGGCCGCAUCCUGGUGCACAAGGCCUUCUUGUACAAGCAGGAGAAGGCGGUGGGGGACAAGGUGUACUGGAAGUGUCGUCGGCACGCGGAGCUGGGCUGCCGGGGCAGGGCUGUCACCCGUGGCCUGCGGGCCACCGUCAUGCGGGACCACUGCCACCCACCCGAUGAGGAGGACCUGGAGGAGGCUGGGUGCCAGAAGGAGGAGCUGCCGGAGGGCCUGGGGGAGCUCCCCAGUCCAGAGGGUUCUGAGGGCCAAGAGGAGGAGGUACUGGAUGGGGUGACGCUGUGGCCACUCCUCGAGGAGCCGGACCCCAUCCUCAAGCAGCUAGCCCUGGAGGAGGAGGAGAAGGCCCUGUCCCUCUCGCUGCUCAGAUUGCCACUCAAGAAACGCAAACGAAGGCCGGGACAGGGUCGGUGCCUGGAGUUCCUGAGGACCUGCUAUGGGGGCCACUUCCUGGUGUACCGCUCCUUCCUCUACAAGCGGGAGAAGGUGGUGGGGGACAAGGUGUACUGGACGUGCCGGGACCAUGCCCUGUAUGGCUGCCGCAGCCGUGCCAUCACCCAAGGCCAGCGGGUGACCAUGAUGCGCCGUCACUGCCAUCCCCCGGACAUGAAGGGCCUGGAGGCCCGGCGGCAGCAGGAGAAGGCCAUGGAGGAGGACACGCCAGAUGUCUUCGAGUUCUGUGGCAGUAGCCUAACCCCGAGUGUGGACAGUCUGUUCUCCCACAGAGAUUUGGGCACUCUGCCUGCCACCAAGCCCCAGAGCAGAAAGCGAGCAAAGGCCAAAGAUCAGGAGCUUCCUGCCCAGCCCGAAGCCCCACAGGGGUCCCCGGAGGAGGACCAGGGUGAGGACCCGGGAGGCCCUGAGUUCCUGAAGACCCCUCUGGGGGGCAGCUUCCUGGUGCAUGAGUCGUUCCUGUACAGGCGGGAGAAGGCGGCUGGCGACAAGGUGUACUGGACGUGCCGCGACCAGGCGCGCAUGGGCUGCCGCAGCCGCGCCAUCACCCAGGGCCGGCAGGUGACGGUGAUGCGGGGCCACUGCCACCCGCCCGAUGUGCUGGGGCUGGAGAUGCUGAGGCAGAGGGAGAAGCACCCCAGCCCGACUCAGUGGGGUGUCCCAGAAGGCCCCGAGUUCCUGAAGACCCCUCUGGGGGGCAGCUUCCUGGUGCACGAGUCGUUCCUGUACAGGCGGGAGAAAGCGGCCGGCGACAAGGUGUACUGGACGUGCCGCGACCAGGCGCGCAUGGGCUGCCGCAGCCGCGCCAUCACCCAGGGCCAGCGGGUGAUGGUCAUGCGCAGGCACUGCCACCCGCCCGACAUGGGGGGCCUGGAGGCCCUGCGGCAGCGGGAGCAUUUCCCCAACCUGUCCCAGUGGGAAGGCCCAGAGCCCCUGCAGCCCCUGGAGUUCCUGAGGACGUCCCUCGGGGGCAAGUUCCUGGUGCACGAGUCCUUCCUCUACCGGAAGGAGAAGGCCGCUGGCGAGAAGGUGUACUGGAUGUGCCGGGACCAGGCCCGGCUGGGUUGCCGGAGCCGCGCCAUCACCCAAGGCCGGCGGGUGAUGGUGAUGCGGGGCCACUGCCACCCGCCUGACCUGCCGGGCCUGGAGGCCCUGCGGAAGCGGGAGCAGCGGCCUGGCACCGCCCAGCAGUGAGCCCAGGAAUGUGGAAGAUAAAAAUCCUGGCAGCGGGUCGCGGCGGGGCAGCCGAGGAGCUGCAGAAGCUUCCCAUCCACGCAGGCAUUUCCCAGCCACUUAGAGCUGCUUGGCAAAACUCCUCUUGUUCUUCCAUAGCCGUAGCUGCGAUGGCUUUGCCUGUCCCCGGCGCUGUCCCCAGUGGGGUCCCAGAGGACGCUCGCUCGAGGUAUCCUUGUGUCAGCAAGAAGUAGCACCAGCGCUGCCUGACCAGGCAGGGCAGAGUGAGGUCGCUGCUGCCUUCUUGACUCCAGAAAGCUCCAGAGAAGUCUGUCUGGCCAAAGACACCUCAACCCUGCUCUGAGCUGCAAGCACCCCUAGUUUUCGGAGCAUGCGACCGAAGCUCAGCGAAAAGCCAUGGGAAGCACUCGGGCCACUGCGUAUGUGCAGGCGGUCCAGCCUUCCCGUCACGCAGCCACCCUGGGUAUCUCAGGUGGACCUGGGGCCACCUGCUGCUUCCGGGGUGUACAGCAUCUGCCCGUCCCGUCGUCCUCCUCCAACCGCCCCCCCCUCGCCCUUCCCAAUGUGAAUCUGGCCCCACAGUUCUCACAGCAGUGGGGUCAGGCCAGAGGUCACUGCCCAGGGACACCCACAUGACAUUGCCAGUGCAUGAGGAGAGUGACAGCCGGUGCCAGGAACACCCCUUUCCUGCUGAGGGACUCAGGGAAGUCCAUCCUGCUCCGUGGGUCCCUGUCCCCACACAGUAAUGGGAGGGAGGGAGUGAGCGAUGGCAGCCAGCCAGGGAAGGGCUGCCAGUGGGACGGUGGUGGCGCGGUGCCCCCAGCUCUCUGCUCAUCUGCUUCCCCAUUAAACCCAGUUUGGUUUCCCUGUGCC